AUGACUCAUUUUAUACCUGUUAAGGGGGUACCGUCUGCUGAACAAACUUCCAAGUUAAUGGUUCGAGAAGUAUGUAAACUACACGGAAUUCCUGAUGAUGUGAUGCCUGACAGAGGAGUACAGCUUACAUCAGAAUUUUGGAACAGAUUUUGCUCAGCUUUAGGUGUAAAGCCUGCAAUAACAUCUUCUCAUCUGGAAUGUUCCGUCUGUCUGAACAUUUAUAAGGAUCCUGUAACCCUGAAACGUGGACACAACUUCUGCCGGGACUGUAUUGGUAGUGCGCCGGAUAUACAGGAGGAGGAUAUUCCUGUCCUGAAUUUUAAACAAAACUUCAAGAAACGUCCCGUCCUUCAGAGGAAUCUGAAACUAAGUAACCUAAUGGAGAAUAUUCAGUCCACCCGUCCAGAUCAGGAGGAGUCCGGGGUCUUCUGUACUUACUGUAUUCACACUCCUGUACCUGCUGUCAUAUCCUGUCUGCAUUGUGAAGCUUCUCUGUGUGACGAUGACCUGAGAGUCCACAGCAAGCUGGAUGGAGAACUUCGGGGACACCAGGUGGAGACUCUGGAUGAGGCCUCUGAGAAGAAGAAGAAAAUAUUAAAAAAUGUUCAGAAAAAGCUCAGAAUAAGCAAUAAAGAGCUGCCCAGGAAGACGGAGGACAUUGAGGAGCUGUGUAACAAGAUGGAUCCACUGACUAUUCUAAAGGAAUCAGACACAGGUGACUUGUGUGAUUCUGAGGAUGGAGAUGAUGAGGAAUUGGACACAGGUGACUCAUUUGAUUCUGAGGAUGGAGAUGAUGAGGACAGAGAGAGACGUGAUAACCUCCUCCAUGAUGGAGGGGAUCUGGAUGUGGCGGGGACGUCACACACAUUACACACAGGUUUAUCUGAUAUCAUGUCUGGGGGAAAUGUAGAGAAAUGUACAGGCACACAUGUCUAUCCACGUUUAAAAAGAAAGGGCGAAGAUGAAAACAAUGCUGAGCAAUCCAGGAAACGCCCCAAACUCUCCCCCAUAGACAUAUUACUGGAUGUGAGUACAGCUGGUAAGAAUCUACAUAUAUCAGAUGACAGGACAACUGUGUCCAGGUCAGAUGUAAGCCAGAAUUACCCAGAAACACCAGAGAGAUUUCAGGAUCCUCAAGUGAUAAGCAGUGAGGGGAUCUCCUCAGGGAGACAUUACUGGGAAGUGGAUGUGGGGGGGUCACGAGUCUGGAAAGUCGGGAUUUGUUACCCCAGUAUAGACAGGAGAGGACAUCGGUCAGUAAUUGGACAUAAUAAGAAGUCCUGGUGUCUGGAGAGGAAGAUAAUUUUGGGGGGUAGUCAGUACUCAGCAAUACAUGACAGUAAGGUGACCAAAUUACUCAUUGAUGUCUCCAGUAAGAGAGUCAGGAUAGAUCUAGAUUAUGAGGCCGGGCAGAUCUCCUUUUAUGAUCUGUGUGAUCCGAUCCGACAUCUCUACACCUUCACCACCACCUUCACUGAGCCCCUCCAUGCUGGGAUAUAUCUAGGGUUAGGUUCCUGUAUAAUGAUAUCUGGGGGGAAUCAGAUGUGA